CUAACCCACAUUCAGCCUUCUGUCUACAGGAACUGAUGCAAUAAGAGCGCUCCGUUGCAAACCCCGCCCUCGCUGCAUCCGCCGCGCUGAUUGGUUAGGCGCCACAGCAUCUCGUCUCUCAUUGGUCCGUUCGCGCGUCACUCAGAGCGCCGUCCCGCUGCACAUGGAGGGAAGGAAGCCACGUUGACAUCAAUUAGUGUUUUUACAGCUUGAUAAACUAGAACACCGAACCGAAUCUUCCGUUCACCGUGAGUCUCGGCGGAGGUGUGUGGUCAUCAUCAGGAUGAGUGUGGGCUUCAUCGGAGCGGGUCAGCUGGCACAUGCCCUGGUCAAGGGCUUCACAGCGGCAGGUGUAAUUGCUGCGAAUAGAAUCACAGCGAGUUCACCGGACACAGAUCUGCCAACAGUCUCCGGUCUACGGAAAAUGGGCAUCAAUUUCACUACGAGCAAUAAAGAAGCGGCGCACAAGAGCGACGUUCUGUUCCUGGCCGUCAAACCUCACAUCAUCCCGUUCGUUCUGGAUGAAAUCGGUCCAGAUAUCGAGGACCGUCAUCUGAUCGUCUCCUGCGCCGCUGGAGUCACUAUCAGCUCCAUUGAGAAGAAGCUGCUUCAGCACCGCGCGGCUCCUAAAGUGAUGCGCUGCAUGACGAACACGCCGGUGGUGGUGCGCGAGGGAGCGACGGUGUACGCCACAGGAACUCACGCAGACGUAGAGGACGGGAAGCUCCUGGAGCAGCUGAUGGCCAGCGUGGGCUUCUGCACCGAGGUGGAGGAGGACCUGAUCGACGCCGUGACGGGCCUCAGCGGCAGCGGACCUGCUUACGCGUUCACGGCUCUUGAUGCUCUCGCUGACGGCGGGGUGAAGAUGGGGUUGCCACGGCGACUGGCGGUCAGACUGGGAGCUCAAGCUUUACUGGGAGCAGCUAAGAUGCUUCUGGACUCGGAGCAGCACCCUGGACAGCAAGACAACGUCUGCUCACCGGGUGGCGCUACCAUCCACGCACUGCACUUUCUGGAGAGCGGAGGCUUCCGGAGUCUCCUCAUCAACGCCGUGGAGGCCUCCUGCAUCCGGACCAGGGAGCUGCAGUUUCUGGCCGAUCAGGAGAAGAUCUCGCCCGCUGCCAUCAAGAAGACGACGCUGGAUAAAGUGCUGCAGCAGCCGGGCGUCUCGUCCACAUCAGUCGCCACCAAGAGCAGAGUGAACCUGUUCAACAACAGGACCGGCGUCAAGAAGUAGACAGACACACACACACACACACACACACACAGGACAAUACAAGAACUGUGCCCUCCAUCCAUACACACACAUGCACCUUCAGAUUGAAAUGCAUUAUGGGUCUGUGCUUGUGCUGACAGUGCCUCCUGUUACGCUGGUACAGUAUUACACCGGGAAACACAAGUCAUAAAGAGUGUUAACAUUAUUAUUUGCACCUUCAUAUCUAUGAAGUCCAUGACAAUUCAAAGGGAAUAAUGUAAAUGGUUUCCAAACAGGUUUUUAUGUAAAUGGUCACUUUGUGCUAGGAAUAAACUGAAUACAUAACACACGUUUUGCAUACAUGAACUGUCAGACUUGUUGAUUUUGCUUAUCAAGAUAUCAGAACACCCUAUAGCACCUCCUUAGCAACAACUCAAAUCACCCUAUAGCAACCCCCUAACAACAACUGAAAACACCCUGGCAACAACUCACCACACCCUAUGGCAAUGCCCUGGCAACAACUCAAAUCACCCUAUAGCAACACCUUAACAACAACUCAAAACCCCAUAGCAACCUCCUGGCAACAACUCACCACACCCUAUAGCAACGCCCUUCUAAACAGGUUUUUAUGUCAUUGGUCAUUGUGUUCCGGGAUGAAACUGACUGUGUUGGACACAUGAACUUUCUGACCUGUUUAUUUUCUUUGAUUAACAGGAUAUCACAACUUCUCUGAGCUGUUACAGGAAGUGAUGUUAUAGAAUAGCGACUUUUAUUUUGCUGCUUUUUUUUUUGCUUUUAAAUUGGAUUUAUUCUCUUGAUUUCUUUUGAAUAUGUUACCUGUAAGUUCUUUCUGAAACAUUUUAUCAGGAUUUAUUGCAGACCUGGACACUCGUAUAUACUUGUUUGUUCUUUUUAAAAUUCUUAAAAAUAAUGAAUGUCAAACAGCCAAAGUGUUUUGUAAGCUGAUUAUCAGGUGUGAAGCAUCUUUCUGUUUGUCUGUUCUGUGUAUUUCUAUUGCAGAAAUAUGAAAACUGCAUAAACGGUUCUGAAAGUUAAAGAAAAGCUGUGCUUUUGCUUACGCUUGUGGUUUUAUUUCCGUUGGCUUCAUUGAUGAACUGUGUUCCUGAUGAGCGAGAACAUUGUUGCAUUUGUUCCAGACAUGUAAUUAAAGAGGGAGCGAACUAUGAAUAAUUAA